AUGAAUGCCAUUAUGGACACCAUCAUAUUUUUGGGAAAAUUUCUAUAUUACCUUUUUGAGUCUUUAGUUUACAAGAUAAUUCCCAACAACAAAAAGAACGUUGCUGGAGAAAUUGUACUUAUAACAGGAGCUGGAAGUGGACUUGGGAGGCUCUUGGCCAUACAUUUUGCCAACCUUGGGGCCAUUUUAGUUCUCUGGGACAUUAAUCAAGAAGGCAAUAUGGAAACAUGCAGACUGAUCAAAGAAAAGGGUGAUGUGAAAGUCUUUGCCUAUAAAUGUGACUGUAGCAAGAGGCAAGAGGUCUACAGAGUCGCUGAUCAGGUCAGGAAAGAAGUUGGUGACGUGACCAUCCUCAUUAACAAUGCAGGCAUCGUAACAGGAAAGCCCUUCCUGGACAUUCCAGAUCACAUGGUGGAAAAAUCGUUCCUUGUCAAUGCCUUCGCUCAUUUCUGGACUUGCAAGGCUUUUCUUCCCGCCAUGAUUAAAGCUAACCAUGGCCAUUUGGUCUGUAUUUCAAGUGUAGCAGGGCUAGCUGGCAUCAAAGGACUCUCAGAUUAUUCUGCAAGCAAAUUUGCAGCCUUUGGCUUUGCUGAGUCUCUAUUCCUGGAAUUAAGUUUGCAAAAGAAAACUGAUAUCAAAACCACCAUUGUCUGCCCAUAUCUCAUGAACACUGGAAUGUUUGAUGGUUGUUCAACAAAGUAUUCAUUUCUGUUACCUAUACUGGAGCCAGAAUAUGUGGCCCAAAAAGUGGUAAAUGCUAUCUUACAAGAACAAGUUUACAUAAUACUACCCAAAUUUGCAUACAUUGCCUUGAUCCUUAAACAAAUAAUAUCUCCAAAAAUGAUGCUAGCCCUUGGUGAGUACCUGGGAGCUGACACUUUAAUGGCUUCUUUCAAAGGGAGAGAGAAAGAAAAUGAACUUCAGACGGAAACCGAGAGGAAACACCAAUAA